AUGGCGUAUGUUGUUUUCCACGCCACGGUCGACACAUCUGAGGAUUCGGCGUCUGGAGUUUUCAUCAGACAUGUGGAUGGGACAUCGAUUAGCUCCGAGGCUGGGAAGGAGCGCGCCGCGAUCGAGAGAAGGCAUCUAAGGCUCGAUCUGUGUGCAGAUGAUAGAAUAGAUUUGUUGGCAGACAUGAUGCGGAAUUUUCUUGAAAAUGGGCUAAACAUCGACCGGGAGAUCAUAGUCUCGGUAAGGAAAAAGAUUUGUUUGGGGAAUUUAAAAAUUACAGAAUUUCCUUCUUCGUGUGGGCGGAAGGUCGAGAGGGAGGGCCCACGCAUGCUGAUGUCGCUUGGGAGCAUGGUGGGGAGGAGUCUGGAUUACUUUGGGCUGAUUAAUCUAGAACAAAAUUUGCAAAUGACGAUUAUGACCCUGCCCCGGACAUUUGCUUUCCCAACAUUAGCUUGGAACCAGAGAUACUGGAUGACCGACUUCCACACCGAUAAUCUUUCGAUAUCAAAAGCUUCAUCUGUCAAUCAAGAAUUUGGGAUUCAUAAGGAUUCUUUUUAUACUGUUGAUCCCUUUUCAAGUGGCUCUUUUGUCGAUUUUGAUUUACGUGAACAUGAUAGCAUUUGUUCCGUCAUGCAAGAUUUGGAAGUUGGUGGGUGUUUGAACUUUUCAGACGGGCAAGAUCCAUUAAUGGACAUUGAAACAGCAUUGACGUACCAUGACACUAAGCCUUUCAACUUUGUUGUCGCUGAAGAGAGCUAUUGUCUGACUGCCGAUAACCUUGGUUUCCCCAAACAAGGUGGCAGUAAAAGAAGCAAGAAUGUUAUCCAGUGUAGGAAGGGCAAAGUUAGAGAAUUGUCGUCUACUAAAAUGUGCAUUAUGGGACAUAAACUCUUGACCCAUCUGGCGGGAAAAUAUGGUGAGAGAAAAUGGUCUACUAUUGCACAAAUGCUGAAGGGAAGGAUAGGCAAACAGUGCAGACAGAGAUGGCAUAACCAUCUGAGACCUGAUAUUAAGAAACCGCGAAAAGUCUCCUUAGAAGAACAGAGAACUCUACAAAAAGAAGGAAAUUCUCAAGGCGAAGUUGCCGGACCAAAAUGGCCUAAGCCUAGUUCCCUUCUUCAGAACAAUAUCAAGAGUCUCGACUUUGAGAAGAAAAGCAGCAGCUUACCAAAAAUGAACCGAACUCCGAAAACCAUUGACCCUGAAAUCCUGAAUAACAAAACUUCAAUUGUUAAGAAUUCAGAAAUGAAGUUUCAAACCAAACAUUGUCAAUACGGCUUUGCUGAUGUCCCUGAGUUCACUUUUAACGACUAUCACCUGUUCAGAGGUAAUAACAUGGAGUCAUUGCUGGUUGAUAUAUAUGAAUCGGUGGCCCAUCUGGGAUUGACGAACACAAAUGUUGCGAUGUUGACUUUCCUUUCAAAUGUCGACUCAUUUGAUGGAAACAUCCUUUUGCAUGAUUUUGCAAUGCCACUCUUCAUUUUCGAGACC